ACUUAUUUAGCAAGGGAAUUUCGAGCGCACGAGGACAUGUAAUUGGUACACCAGAAUAUACUUCCGUCGGGAUUAAAAUGGUCGGAAUGUAGUAUGCCUGUUGUGGGGAGAUGUCGUUACUGAUUUAUAUUUAACAUGUCCUAAUGUAAUUUAGUUUGGCAACAGAUAGAAUCAAGAAGUUGAAUGCAAUCAUGGAACCAGCAUGUCGUAAAGACAAGCAAAAACAAAAGGACACGUCAAACCGGGGAGACAGAUCUAAACAGAAGUCGGCCCAGCAGGAACUGAAACAGCGGCAGCGAGCUGAGAUAUAUGCUUUAAACAAAGUGAUGACGGACCUUGAGCAGCAGCAGUUUGAAACCUUCUGCAAACAGAUGCAAGGUCCUGCAGAAUGAGGUUUUUUAAUCAAACAUGGACAAAACACCAUGAAAGAGCAGCAUUGUGAAUUGAAUGUACAUGCAGCUAUACAAAUCAAGCUUCAGUUAAAAUAUUACCAAGCUCCAUAUGUUUUGUUGUGGAAUAUGUAUUAUUAUGUAGUACAAACGAAAGUGUUGCCUCAAAUAAACCAAUUUUUAUGAUUUUUCCAAAA